AGGUGGCUACGGUUAGGCUAGUUUGCUUGUGCAAAUACCAAUUUUAUGUUACAAUUUAACUCCUAAAGUUUGUCACCAAGUUAUCGUCGGCACCCUCAAGAGAAAGAUCAGAGUUGGGAGCUUUGCAGGCUAAACAGCAUUUCACUGAUGUCAAUGACCCCAUUAUUGAUCUGCGUGAGGCUUGGAUAAAUCGUAGCAGGCAUAAACAAGUGUCUACAUUUCUGAUUGAUUGUUACCUGUCAGUUUCCACAGAAACCCUGUCGAUCACAGCACGCGCCUCCCAGCCAAGAAAGUAUCUUAUUGCACACAUUGCUUUCAAUCCGGCCACAUUCCGGAUGUCCUGACCGAACAGGCUAGAAAGCAAAGAGACAACGACGAAAGACAUAAGGCGCGCUAUCGGAAGAACACAAAAAUGGCGUUUCUAAUCAAUCGUGUUACCCCUGAGCCAGUGCCACCCUCAGCAGACGAAGAGGGAACCGAGUUAUCAGACUCGCUUGGCUCCAUGAAAGAAAAGGGUUGUCUAAUCAAUAACAAUGAGAAGGAUUCUUCUGAGACAACUGAUCAUGGUGGUGCUAAUGAAUGUCAAGAGGGCCUUGACGGCCUUCCCGAAACCGAUGUAAUAAAAAAUGGUACGAAUAGGUUACAAAAUGAAAGGAGAAGCUGUUCACCUCAUUCUAAAAGACUUGACUUAUGGAAUCUGGAGGAAAAUUUGUCGUCACGGCGAUCUUCCGCCUGCGAUCGCGUUCUUUUGUUGACUAUGUGUCUCAUGUCGGCAGCCGCACUGAUGCUCACCCUGUUGAUGAUGUUUGGAGUGGUUGGACCAAUGCAAUGUUCCUGCUCUGGGAAAACAGAAACGUCAGAACUUCAAAAGAAUAUGCAAGAGUUGGAGAGGAACCUCUCUGCAUUAAGAGAUUACUCGGUUUCAGGGGAUGUAAAAGAACUGAAGAAAAACGUCUCAGCAGAGUUGAAGGAGCUAGCGAUAGAGAUGGAAAAAAAAAUGGAAAACAUGAAAAACGAGGGCAAAAAUACAGAGCUAGAGGAUAUCCGUCUCGUAGUACAGGAUGCUGCCCAAACUUUGACUGGUCUGAAUACAAGCGUAAAUGAGAGGUUUCUGCAUUUUCAACAAAGAAUCAUGCAACUGGAUCAAAAGGUGAAAAAUACUACUGGCAGCACGAGCGUCAGAGGACCACCUGGAGUCAACGGUUCUAAUGGAGACGUUGGACCUGCCGGACCUGCCGGACCUCCCGGACCUCCGGGAUAUAAUGGUACUCAGGGCCCUGCAGGACCGUCUGGACUACCUGGUUUUCAGGGUCUUCGUGGGCCAUCUGGGUUCAAUGGUACCCAGGGUCCACCUGGACCCGGGGCCAUUUCCUGUGUUUUUAAGACUUUAUCUAGCCUUGGCAUGUCAGCAGCCUCGAUCGCCCAACAAGAAAUUACAGCGACGGAACAAAACGGUAAAAUCUUUAUUGGCGUCAACUGUGAUACAAACGACGCGAAAGUUGAUAAAUUAUCAAGCGUCAACUCAGGUGGAAAGACAACCUACAAGUGCACUUGCGAAGGUACCCUUACAACUGGAGAACCAACGAUGUAUUGCUACAUUCACUACUGGGAGUGUCAGUCAUAAAAGGGAAAAACGGAAAGCCAUGUAAUGAACAGGAGAAAUGUAAAGAAGAUAAUACAGUGUUGAUUCAGAAACGAGACGAAGAACAAUUUAGUGGUUUAAUGUUAAUUCUAUUUUUCAAAUAUGCCCAGUGAACUAAGUUUCUUUUAGAGGGCAUUUCAGUUGAGUGUUGUAAAACCAAAAUCAAAGGAAAGUCAAAGGCAAUAAACCAAGAUCGCGAUUGGA